AUGUCGGUUACGGGUCUCGACCAUGAUAACUCAGACACGCUUCUCCUCCCGGAUGGACGAAAGCUUGGAUACGCGCAGUAUGGCUCUCAGACGGGCCGCGCUGUCUUUUUUGUGCAUGGCCAUCCGGGAUCCCGCAUCGAGGGCGCCCAUCUCCACGACAUCGGCCUGAAACUAGGGGCCCGCAUCAUUGCUCCAGACAGACCUGGCAUAGGUUUGAGCUCGCCGCAACCCGGUCGAACACUCCUUGACCACCCAAAAGAUCUGGAACACCUGGCAGAUCAUCUCAAGCUGGAGAGAUAUGGUGUCCUGGGAGUAUCAGGCGGUGGACCAUACGCGCUCGCUUGCGCUUUUGCAUUACCUCGAGAAAAGCUCAAGUGUGUUUCGAUCGUCUGCGGCCUUGGACCUGUAUCUGAAAUCGGUAUGAAAGGGGCGCGAUGGGUGAAUUGGCUCGGAUUCACAUUUUAUCCCUACACCCCCCGCAUCGUCAAUCGGUGGUUCUGGCAGUCGCAAACAAACGGCCGCCUGGAUUGGAGUGACGAGAAGCGCCUUGAGCAGCACAUGAAGGAUUUGUCGAAAGCUGACAAGAAAGACGUUGAAGUUAUGACGGAUCCAGUCAAUGCCCGGCUCAUGUUGCGCUCGGGUCGGGAGACCUUCGCUCAAGGGUUUGAUCCGACCCUGCAAGAUGGCAUUCUACUGUCCAAGGACCUGGGAUUUCGCAUUCAGGAUAUUCGUCCUGACCUGCCAGUGCAGCUGUGGUAUGGGAAGCAAGAUGUCAAUGUUCCGCUCAACCACGGGGAAACAAUAGCCAAGCGGUUGGGCGAUCGAGCAACUCUUCGAGUGGAAGAUGAGACACAUGCAAGCAUCUUUUUCAAAUGGCGGGAACAGUUUCUAGGGGAUUUGAUAAAGAGGAUUUGA